GUGGCCUGGGCUAGGGAUUUCAAAAAAACACGCAUCGACAACAAAUUCAAAAUCCCAAUGGUUGGCAGUCUGAGACGAAGCCCUGAACAAGUUGCACUGAACAAAAAACGAGACCCAGGACAAAGACAAACUCUUGUUGUGGUAGUUGUUGGUAGCUAGCCGCAGGCUUAAUCGAAAAUGACCAGCCACGGAACUGGUAGCUCCAAGCGGGAUGUAGCCUCCAGGGUUCAGCUGCAGUUGAAUCCGGAGUUGCAGGUGUUGGUCAAUCUCGGCGAGGAACCCAAGCCGGUCAAUAGCAAUAGUAGCUGCAGCAGCAACAGCAGCAGCAGCAGCAGCAGCAGCAAUUUGGAGGACAGUGAGGGCGACGCUAAAGUCGAUAACCAACCCGAAGCGGAGGCUGGUUUGAAUCUGGGCAUCGACUGUGCCAGAUUUAUGUAUAGUCCACUUGUCGGGAGCUCUGAGUCGGACUCGGAACUCGAUCUGGACGAUGUGGAGCUAUUUUGCGAGGAGGCUCUGGCCCUAUUGGCCCAUGAGAUUGUCUGCUGCGACUGUGACAGUGAUAUUGAGUCCGAGAAGGACGAAGAGGUGGAGUCCGAGUCCGAGAUGGAGGAGUCGGGUUCAGAUCAGGUCGAAGAUUAUGGCCAGGACAAUAUGUCGCAUAAUACCUAUCAGCUGAUGUUCAGCGAGGAGGAUGAGGAUGAAUUACUAGACAAGGAGAACUUGGAUGAGUGUCCCUAUAUCGUUGAGUCAGUCCUAUUGCUGGAAGAGGAUCAGGAGAGUGAGGAGAAGUCUGAUCCAAAGUCGGGAGACAGUCUGGGAAAUCCGAAGUCUGCAUAAGAAAGCUCUCAACAAAGGUUCCCCAGGACCUAAUCAGCAAUCGAUCAAUUGAUUGCUUGCUCAUAUUUUGUUAAGCUUUUGUUAAAAUUAAUGUUAUCAAAGAAUUUCAAAGCUGAUUAAAUUGCCAAAAAUGUACGAAUUAAUCAAUGUA